AUGCCUCCUCGUGCCAUCGCCAGUCCUAAGAAGAAACGAUCUGGCAAGCACAAAGGAUCCGAUGCUUCAAAGGCCAGCUUGCCAAAGAAGUCUCGGGCUGCAGACAUUGCUGAGGUACCCAGCAUGGUACCCCUCAUGUCCCUCGGCCUGACUGGAGCAGAAGCAGAACAAAAUGCUCCCCAGUGUUCUGGUCGCCCUAAUGCGGGAACUGGAGGUAGGAAUGCGCAACUGGAGAAGAUUGGAUCAGUACUGCAAUCUAAGCCUCGGACUCAAGAACGUAAGGGUACGACGUCCCUUGGUCCCAAUGUUCCAGUCAAUCCUCAAGCCCCAGAACCGCGUCGUAAAGGUCGAAAGAAUCAUUCAAAGGCAGUUCCUCCACCCUACAGCUCACUUGUUAGGGAUGCUCCAGAUGCCCUAGCCAAGGAUAUUAUCGCCACAGGGCCCAGCUUUACAUCCCAGCAACCUGGUGGAAGGUUUGGAUUUGCUGCUCCAACAGAAAUAGCUCAUUCCGGUACUGCUCAGCCAAAUAUUCAGGCAUUGCACAACCCCAACAAGCUCGAGAUGCCAUUGCCAAGCAAUGAGCUUGAGACACCAUUGCUGAGCAACGAGCUCGAGACGCCAUUGCCGAGCAAUGAGCUCGGGACGCUAUCGCUGAGAAGCGAACUUGGGAUGCAAUUGCUGAGCGGCAUACCCAGAACGCUGUCUCUGAAUAUCCAGCGGUUUUGCCGAGGUCUGGCUCAGCGUUGUCUGACGUCAUUUGAAUCCGAGGAUAGUGACUCUAAAGGCUGUAGCAGUGAUGACAGCGAUGGCAGCGAUGAUAAAGAUGCUGACGAAGAGGACAGCGGAGAGGAUGAUGAGGAGGAGGGGGGAAAUGACGACAUGGUCAAGAGCUCACAGCAGUUUGGUUGGGGGGAGGCUGGCCGAUGCCAGAAAGAACACCCAGGAUUUGUGGAGGAUGUACCACCUUCGCAAUCUCCAGUCGCUCGCCCUCUCACACCUGAAAUUCAGUUUCAGUACUCGCGUGAUGAAGAUGAUGUAGUUGCCCAGAUGAGCCUUGAUAAAACCUCGCGGAACGAAAGCUCUCAGGACCCUCCGGAUAUCUCACCAGGACUGCAGCGGCAAGCAUCCCAACAUAUUGAGACCAUCACCUCGAAGCCUGACAAUGUACUGCAAUGCCACCAUAAGAAAAAUGGAAAGCCACGUCUUCCUGACCCUGAAUCCCUCAAACUGCUGAAUCAAGUGUCCGAGUGUGAUGUUCAGCCAUCGAAAAUCAAAAAGUCCAGGUCAUCGCGUGGUGGGCCAACACCCAAUCAAUUAUCUUGGUACGGACCACGCUGGAAAAGUUUUCUGGAGGACACCAAAGUAGAAUGUCGUGCGCAACACGCCCUGGAGAACCCAUUUCCAACUUUGGUGAAGAAUCUUCCAGGAACAAUCACUGAAGUUCUCAUUGCAGUAUUGGUUGUGUGGGAUAUGAACGGUAAACAAUUUGAAGCUGGGGUUUGGCCAGAACAAAAAUUUAAUAUGACUCGGUUGCUGUACGAUGAUCUUUCGACUUGGCGAUAUGACUUGAAGAAAACUGCCAUAAGCAUUGCACCAGUAUCAUAUUCGCUUAUUCCUCCGCUUUCUGUCCCCGUUCAGGAACGUGCUGCUUGGGUCGAGCACGCUGCUGCUGAAUUGAUCAAGGAAGCAUUCUUCUUACGCUUUGGGGUGGACGAUCAGGGGAGAACACGAAACUUCGCUCGUCCCGCCCUUCGUGAAGCCGUCAUCAUAUUCUUUUACACAGGACCAUAUCAAAUCGCACAAAAGAUGCCGGAGACCUUUAGCAAGGAAUUGCCACUCUCAUGUUUGGCUUUGGUAGCUGCAGCGUUCAAUUGUGUCUUUGACGGUCUUGUGAAAAACGGACAUGGGAAGUCAUACCCAAACUUUUCCACCAAGGACUAUGGCCCCGUCUAUUGUCGGAUGCUCAAAUUGCUCAAACAUAUCCUUGAGGAUGCGUAUCAUGGGCCUAGGCUGUCAGCUCAACUGCGAGAAUGGGCUGCAGCGGGAUGGGCUGCAGCUAUGAAUCUCGAAGGAGUUGUUGAGGCGAGACACGACCACCUGCAGAUUCUUCUUGACUAGAAGCUUCGUAUUCCCGCUCCCCCGUUUAUAUCAA